AAAUUGGGUGCAAACGCAAUACUGGGAGUGUCGAUGGCCGCUACGAAAGCUGGUGCUGUGCACAAGGGAAUGCCUUUGUACAAGUAUAUUGCCGAAUUGGCUGGUAUCUCGAAAAUCAUUUUGCCUGUGCCCGCAAUGAACGUCAUCAACGGUGGAUCACAUGCUGGCAAUAAGUUGGCUAUGCAGGUGAGUGAAUAA